AUGUCGAAGCAGCAGCAGCAGCAGCUGCAGCAGCAGCAGAUGCUGCUGCAGCAGCAAGCAAUGGAUGAGGGAGACACAACACCACCAGCUUCUCCUGUGGACUGUGUAGAUAUGGAUCAGCAGCACCCGCAGCAGCAGCAGCAGCAGCAGCAGCAGCAGCAGCAGAAUGUCAGCCGUCGUCCAAUGGGUUUAUCUGCUUCUGCCCCUAUGUCUCCUUCUCCUUCUCCCCCUCACUACCACCAGCAGCAGCAGCAGCAGCAGCAGCAGCAGCAGCAGCAGCAGCAGCAGCCUGAUUACUCAUUGAAGUCUAUUCCUCCUCCAUCUCCAUGGGAGUUGGAUUUUGCAGUGCCAGAUUUUCUCGCUCGUUUCGGUAGCAAGAGCAGCAACAGCAGCAGCAGCAGCAGCAGCAGCAGCAGCAGCAGCAUAGGUAGCAGCGGUAGUAUGAAUAGCGGCAGCAGCAGCGGUGAUGACGGUAUAGAUCCAGCAACAGGAGAGAUGAUUGCGGUGUAUAGUGAGUGGAAGGAGACAGCUGCUGUGCGCUUCAGGCUGAUGAUACACCCGGUGUCUCCUUUUGAUGGGGGCCCCAGGGGGGUGGCACCACUUCGUCUCUCACCAGGAGCUGCAGCAAGAUAA